UGCAGACAAACGCUUGCGCUCAGUAUUGUGAAAGCAGCUGUUAUUUUCUGUCUUCUCCGAUCUCGUGAUUGCGCUAUACCCGCUGCGGAGACGACGCUGGUUUCAGCUAUGUAGAGGUUAAAUCCGAAAAUUUAGGGAAUAUGAUAAGGUUUUGGUCUUCACAUUUAUAUGGAUCUGAAUCUGCUUUCGUCCGAUUUAUUCGUUCUCACCGAAUUUUUCCCAUUCGAUUUCAUUGUUAGUUUAUUCUUCAGAUAGCGUCUGUCGAUAUCACUCGAGAUGUCAUUCAAGAGCAUUUUACGGGAGCUGAGAGAUGGGAUUGGCAGCAUGUCAAGGAGAGGUGUGGAGGGGAAGCACUGGCGCAGCCAUACGAGGUCUUUUGUAGCCCCUGAUGUAACUCUUUCAGAGCCAAUAGAGCAAGGGCAGUGGGCAAAUUUACCACCGGAGUUGCUUUUGGAUAUCAUCAGGAGGGUUGAAGAGAGUGAGACUGCUUGGCCUGCAAGGGCAGUUGUCGUUUCUUGUGCAUCAGUCUGUAGAUCUUGGAGGGAUGUUACCAAGGAUAUUGUUAAAACCCCUGAGGAAUGUGGGAGAUUGACGUUCCCCAUUUCAUUAAAGCAGCCGGGACCUCGAGAUGCUCCAGUCCAAUGCUUUAUCAAGAGGGAUAGAGCAACAUCUACCUAUCGCCUGUGUUUUGGCCUGACUCCCUCUGAAGCCGAGAGUGAUAAAUUAUUGCUGACAGCCAGAAAGAUGAGAAGGGCAACAAGCACAGAUUUCUUAAUUUCUCUGGUUGCUGAUGAUUUUUCUAGAGCCAGCAACACUUAUGUUGGAAAACUUAGAUCUAAUUUCCUGGGUACUAAGUUUACCAUAUAUGACAGCCAAUCUCCAAAUGAUGCUGCAAUUCAGCAUAGGAGUCGGCACAGUCGAAGAUUUAAUGCUAAGCAAGUUUCUCCAAAAUUACCUGCUUAUAACUACAGUGUGGCCACCAUUUCCUAUGAACUCAAUGUUCUUCGCACAAGAGGUCCUAGAAGAAUGCAUUGCACGAUGCUCUCUAUUCCAGUCUCUUCUAUUCAGGAGGGGGGCAUUGCCCCAACCCCGACAUCAUUUCCUCAGUAUAAUGAGGACAAGUCCUCAGUCCUAAAGGUUUCAAAAGAAAAGGAGCCAGCUAUAUCUUUCAGCUCCCCGAACCUGACAACUUCACCAGUACAAACACAUUCUGGAGAGGCGCUCGUUCUGAAAAACAAGGCUCCGAGGUGGCAUGAACACUUACAAUGCUGGUGCCUGAAUUUCAAAGGCCGUGUAACAGUAGCAUCUGUUAAAAACUUCCAGCUUGUGGCCCGUAUUGACCCUCUGCUAAACAUUCCUGCUGCAGAACAUGACAAGGUGAUUUUGCAGUUUGGAAAGAUUGGGAAAGACAUUUUUACCAUGGACUAUCGCUACCCACUCUCUGCAUUUCAAGCUUUUGCAAUUUGCUUGAGCAGCUUCGACACCAAACCGGCCUGUGAAUGACGAGUCUUGGAUGGUUUACGUACCUCAAGAUCAUCGUCUACCUUGCAGAGGCGCCAUGCACAGUCGUGCAUGAAUGCUGAUUCAGAGUUCAGAAUUUUUACUGUGCAAGUAGUAAUUUAUAAUUUAGAAGCUCAGAUGGAAACACUUGUUCUGAAUCAACGGAUCUUCAUUUGGGUUAUAAUAUUUUUUAUGAAA